CUCGCCGUGCUGCGCGGGGCGGCUGGCAGCGGCGGCCGGCGAGGGCGCUCGGGGCACCGUGCUGGGGGCUGAGCUCUCGGCUCUGCUCCGCGGGGCCUGGCCGGCUUGGAGCUCAUGGACAUCUCGGCCUCCGAUCCUGGGUCUGUGACUCCUGGCUUCCGCCUCUAGGGCCUCCGAUCCGGUCCUGGGGCGGCGACACCGGGGCCUCGGACUGCAGAGCUGCGACUCGGGGCUUCCCCGGGGCAGGAGGCCUGUCUGCCCGGAGUGAGCCCGCCGGAUACGCACCCGCUGGGAGGACAGCCCGCCGGAGCCUGGCCCGGCACGGAGCCUGGCCUGGCACGGAGCCCCGCACGGAGCGGAUGUCUUUUAAAAGAAUCAUUGAAGACAGCGUUUUUCUGUUUUCAUUUUCUGCUUGUUUUUAAUGGCUUCAUGGAAUUUGAAGACAGCUUGACAUGACGACAAAAAAUACUGGUUUGACUUCCACAAAUGCAGAACUAAGAGGAUUUACAGAUCAGAAUCUCAGCCCAACAAAAGGUAACAUUUCAUUUGUUGCAUUUCCAGUCUCCAGCACCAAUUCACCAACAAAGAUUUUACCAAAAACCUUAGGACCAAUCAAUGUGAAUGUUGGACCCCAAAUGAUCAUAAGCGCACCGCAGAGGCUCGCCGGUUCAGGAAGCGUCCUCAUCGGGGGUACCUACCCCCCAGCCCCGGCCAUGGUCACGCAGACGCACAUCGCUGAGGCCGCCAGCUGGGGCCCCGGAGACAGAAAACGGGCUAGAGAAUUCCUAGACUCUGAUUUUUCAGAAAGCAAACGAAGUAAAAAAGGAGAUAAAAAUGGAAAAGGCUUGAGGCAUUUCUCAAUGAAAGUGUGUGAGAAAGUUCAGCGGAAAGGCACCACAUCAUACAACGAAGUCGCCGACGAACUGGUGUCAGAAUUCACCAAUUCAAACAACCACUUGGCAACUGAUUCGCAGGCGUAUGACCAGAAGAAUAUUAGAAGAAGAGUCUAUGAUGCCUUAAAUGUGCUCAUGGCAAUGAACAUAAUUUCAAAGGAGAAGAAGGAGAUCAAGUGGAUCGGCCUGCCUACCAACUCUGCUCAGGAGUGUCAGAACCUGGAGAUCGAGAAGCAGCGGCGGAUAGAGCGGAUAAAGCAGAAGCGGGCCCAGCUGCAAGAGCUCCUCCUGCAGCAAAUUGCUUUCAAGAACCUGGUACAGAGAAACCGGCAGAAUGAGCAGCAGAACCAGGGCCCCCCGGCCGUGAACUCCACCAUCCAGCUGCCCUUCAUCAUCAUCAACACGAGCCGCAAGACUGUGAUCGACUGCAGCAUCUCCAGCGACAAGUUCGAGUAUCUCUUCAAUUUCGACAACACCUUUGAGAUCCACGAUGACAUAGAGGUGCUGAAGCGGAUGGGCAUGUCCUUCGGCCUGGAGUCGGGCAAGUGCUCGCUGGAAGAUCUGAAACUCGCCAAGUCUCUGGUGCCAAAGGCCCUGGAAGGGUACAUCACAGAUAUCUCCACGGGGCCUUCCUGGUUAAAUCAAGGACUGCUUCUAAACUCCAACCAGUCCAUGUCCAGUCUAGACCUGACCGCCAGUGCCACCCUCUCCCAGUCAAGCGUGACCCCAGGGCUGUGCCUGGAUGCUGAAGUGGCCUUAGCAACGGGUCAUCUCCUCGCCCCCAACAGCCACCAGUCGAGCAGCGCGGCCUCUCACUGCUCCGAGUCCCGAGGCGAGACCCCUUGCUCCUUCAACGACGAUGAAGACGACGAAGAUGAAGAGGACUCUUCCUCCCCAGAAUAAAGACAGGAGGGACCUUCAUGUCGCUCUUGGAUGCCCCAUG